AUGGCUCCCGACAGCAAACCGAAAGACAGUGUGGCCUUGUUCUUAGGAAAAAUACUCUUUUCUCUUUUGGAGACUAUGGUGUUUUCCUUAAUCCCAAAGCCAAGGAAGAACGUUGCUGGUGAAAUAGUCCUUGUAACAGGUGCUGGGAGUGGACUUGGAAGGCUGUUAGCCUUACAAUUUGCCCAGCUUGGAUCGGUGCUUGUUCUAUGGGACAUCAAUAAAGAGGGGAAUGAGCAGACAUGCAGGAUGGCUCGGGAAGCUGGGGCCAUGAAAGCUUAUGCUUAUUCCUGUGACUGCAGUCGAAGGGAAGACGUGUACCGAGUGGCCGACCAGGUUAAAAAAGAAGUUGGUGAUGUUUCCAUCCUGAUCAACAAUGCUGGGAUUGUAACAGGCAGAAAGUUCCUCGAGUGUCCAGAUGAGCUUAUGGAAAAGUCUCUUGAUGUGAACUUCAAAGCACACUUAUGGACAUACAAAGCCUUUCUACCUGCUAUGAUUGCUAACGACCAUGGACAUUUGGUUUGUAUUUCAAGUUCAGCUGGGUUAUUUGGAAUAUGUGGGCUGGCAGAUUAUUGUGCGAGUAAAUUUGCUGCCACUGGGUUUGCCGAAUCUGUGUUUGCAGAAACAAUUGCCCAAAACCAAAAGGGGAUCAAAACCACUAUCGUGUACCCAUUUUUUACAAACACUGGAAUGUUUGAUGGUUGUUCUACCGCCUCUCCAAAUCUGUUGCCUAUUCUGGAACCAGAAUAUGUCGUCAGAAAAAUAGUAGAUGCUGUUCUGCAAAAUCAGCUAUAUUUGUGUAUACCAAAGACUUUAUACUUCCUGCUUUUUUUAAAAAGUUUCUUGCCCCUCAGGACAUUACUGAUCUUAGCUAGAUAUCUGGACAUUUUCCAUGUAAUGGAUGGCGUCAUGAUGAAGAAAAACCUAAAGACCAACUCUACUUCUGACUGCAACACGACCUAAUGCUUCUUUCAGCGAAGAACAGUAGUUGUGUCCAACAGUCGUAUAUAUAUCAUCGGAUUCCU